AUGUCCUUGUGGGUCGAUAAAUACCGUCCAAAGAGUUUAAACGAAUUAUCACAUAACGAUGACUUAACUACACUAUUACAAUCAUUAUCUUCAUAUCAUAAAGAUCUGCCACAUCUAUUGUUAUAUGGACCCAAUGGGGUUGGUAAAAAAACAAGGUGUAUGUCUCUAUUACAAUCUAUUUUCGGUUCCAACGUAUAUAGAUUGAAAAUUGAUAUUAGAAAUUUCACUACUCCAUCAAAUAGAAAAUUAGAAUUGAAUGUUAUUAAUUCACAGUAUCAUAUUGAAAUCACUCCAAGUGAUAUGGGUAAUAAUGAUAGAAUUGUUAUUCAAGAAUUAUUAAAGGAAAUUGCUCAAAUGGAACAAGUGGAUUUCCAAAGUAGUUCAGGGAAUGGAGGUGCAGCUUCUACCGGGUUAGCUCAUAGAUUCAAAUGUGUUAUUAUUAAUGAAGCAGAUUGUCUUUCAAGAGAUGCUCAAGCCGCCUUAAGAAGAACUAUGGAAAAAUAUUCAAGAAAUAUAAGAUUGAUCAUGAUCUCAAAUUCCUUAUCACCAAUCAUUUCACCCAUCAAAUCUCGUUGUUUAUUAAUACGUUGUCCUUCACCAUCAGAUGAAGAACAUUUGGCAUUAUUGAAAAAAAUUGUGGAUGCAGAAAAUGUCAAUGUGGAAUCAGAUGAUAUUCUAAAGAAAAUCGUGAAAGAAUCAAAUAAUAAUAUAAGAACUUCAGUAUUAAUGUUAGAAUCAAUGGCAUUAUCUAACGAAUUUAAUUUGAAAUCUACCUCUCCGAUAAUAAAACCAGAUUGGUUAAAUACAAUAAUUAAAUUGUCAAUGAAAAUUAAAAAGGAUAGAUCUGUGCCUUGUAUCGUAGAAUGUAGGUCCAUCAUCUAUGAUCUUUUGGCUCAUUGUAUACCACCUAAAAUCAUUCUACAAGAAUUAACUUUCCAGUUAUUGAAAAAUUAUAAUAAUUCAAUAAAGGUUACUGAUGAAAAUAUUCUUGACAUAAUGUCAAUUUCAAGUACAUUUGAUGAAAGAUUGGCCUUAGGGAAUAAACCAAUCUUUCAUUUAGAAGGGUUUAUUGCCAAAGUAAUGCUUGCAUUAGACAAUUAA